GCAGAACGAAGACUUGCGCUGCUGUAGCUUUUAUUUCCUUCGUAACAUAAAAACUGUCGGCUGAGCACGUUCACUGCGAACAACCCCGGGUUUCUCUGAUUCUAAUUCUCUUAACUCUUAUGUUACUUUGCAUCAAACAUGGUUUUCUCCACAGGAAGAAGUAAAUUAAGAAGAAGUACACAAAGAUAAAAGCCUGUCGUUAAGGAUCGUUCCAGAGAAAUGAGAGGUAAACAUUAGACCCGGGGAUAUCUGCGUUGUGCAGUGUACGAGUCCUCUCAGUUCUCGGGAGAGACACUGCUGACUGCUCAGCCACAGAAGGCACAAACAACUGUUGAAUAAAGGAAGUGCUGAUAACCAGCUGCCUCUCUUCCUUUCUCUGUGUCACUUUCUGACGGAUGCAGGCUGGUCUCAGUGCCUCCGGCCCCUGGCAGGUUUAGGGCUUCACAAAACGAUGGGAACCUGCAGGGGCACGUCGUCCUCUCCCUGCAGAUCCAGAUGCGUCAGCUGGCGCGUGGACUCGCCGACAGAGUCACCGACGCCUGUCACUACAGCUCCGACUGCUACGGAUGGAUUUUCUCAUCCAAACCAUCAGUCAGCUGGUUCAGGAUCGAUCCCACUUCUCCUUCUGUCACCACCUGAAACCGGUGGAGGAGAAUCAACAUUUUCCCACCAACUUCCGCAGCCGACUUUCACGACGCGGACGCAUGAGCUGGCCUCCGUACGUUCCCAUCCCUCCCAGCUGAACCCGCGCUCCAGCUCUGACAAAGCCACUAAUCGUUACGAUGAUCGGGGUGAGGAUGAUGGCGGUGACGAAGGCAGAAGCGGGAACCCGAGACCCCCAGAGGCUGAAAACAGGAGCAGGAGGGACCCGUCUCUUCUGCAUCCAGAGGCUGAGAGGUUCCUGCUCCCCAGGAGCAGUCCCGUCAUCUCCAGACGGCCCCUGUCCUGGCACGGAGAGGAAACCGACACGUCUACUCCACCCAGCCGGGACUCCCCGUCUCCUGCUUCCGGUUCACUGUCUCUGGAUCACCUUGGACGCCUGACAGUCGCCAGCCUGGAGGAUCUGGGAUCCAAACCGAGCUCCGGUCGGCGCUCACACCGGCUCCAGGAGGAAAAGAAGCAGCGCUGCGUGUCAGUCUCAUCAAAUCUGAACCAUUUCCUAAUCUCUCUGUUCCACCUACCCUUCAGUGGCCAAGAGGGGUCGGCCGAGGAGCGCAGACGGCGGCAUCUAACCAGCUGUGACGGCCCUCACACACCAGGCGUCUCCACCUCAUCUGAACACAGCAAACAGAGGAGAUGCAGUGGUAUCCCAGGGUUCUCUGCAGACGUCUUCAGGACCAGUUGUGAGCUGGAAAAGGAAAACGCUCAUUUCAUUGUGGUGGACAUGGUGCUGGAGGUGCUGGAAGGCGUGAAGUGGACCCUGGGCUUCGACCAGUGGACUUCCACGAUGGACGCACGCGCGUACAGGAGCUCUGCGGAGGACAGUCCCACGCGUGAACACCACGAACAGGGGCGUGAAGCGAACGGACACACACAGAGCGGUGCCGACGGAGGCGGCAGUAAGAGCAGACGUUCAGAUAAGACAUCACACAGACGCACGCGCUCCGCUUACCUGUGCACAAACCAACACACACAGGAAGAGGAGGCCACAGGGAACGAUGGGGCUGAACGUCAACCAAAGACCUUCUCUGUCCUCUGCGCUGACAGUGGAUUUGAAGACUGUGGAGGAGACACUGCACCGACACCAAAGGAUUCUCUCAGAAAUGCAGAGCGGCUGGCCGGGCGGCUGGUGCUGGACUUCAAGAGGAGCUGGUUUCCUUCCCACGGGCCUCGGCGGGGACGGCAAAGCCUCCGUAGCUCACUUCAGGAGCUGCCAGGUACUGGAAGCGUGGCGGUGAGCGGCGGCAGCCUGGAGGAGGAGAUCCGACUGAGGACCAGAAUGAGAGGAUCCCUGAGCUGGGCACCUCCUUGCUUCCAGAUCAUCUUCACCGUUCAGCCGACACUCAGGUCUCCAUCACGUCUGACGAGACUCAAAAACACUGAAUACAAAUACAAGGCAGGGAGACAAAAGGAAGGAAGAGACGAAUGCCUGAGGUGCUGUAGCGGAUGGAUAGGUGGAUGUGUACGUUCACACUUGACUGUUGGUGUGUUUCCUCCUCCAGACGCAGUGAGGUACUGGCCUUACAACACUUCCUGUGUGCAGGCUGUGGGACAGAGGUGGAGCCCAGUGAGUGCUGGGUACAUCAAGAAGUUGCGGUACUGUGAAUACCUGGGCAGGUAUUUCUGUCACUGCUGCCACGGUGGCUCCGAGGCUGUGAUUCCUGCUCGAGUUCUGUCCUGCUGGGACUUUGGCAGGUACCCGGUGAGUGAUUUCUCCAAGCAGCUGCUGGAUUCGGUUUGGCAUCAGCCUCUGUUUGACCUGAGCUGCCUCGGUAAGACGGUCCGCAGCAGAGUGAAGGAGCUGGACAAGUUCAGGGAGCUGCAGGGUAAACUGCUGGGCAUCAAGAAGCUGCUGAACGCCUGCAGAUUAGCUGGAAGGGCCAUGACUGAGUUUGAACAGCUUCCGUCUCACCUGAUCAUCGAGCGGCCACACCUGUUCUCCAUGGACGACCUGUUGAAGGUGAAGAGGGGUCAGCUCGCGGCGCAGGCCAGAGAGGCGCUGAACUCCGCCAUCAACCAUGUUGAAAACUGUGAGCUUGCAAGGCCUGCUUUCACAAACACUGCUUUGUGGAGAAGAACUGUCCAAAAUGUGCACGGAUCCAGUCACGGAAAAAGUGUCCAGAUGGAUCCAUGGAGUGUGGCAGCUGAACGGCUGCAGCUCCGUGCCAAGAUGGUUGAUUUCUCUCUCUUGCCCUUAGCUCCGUUUCACAUACAACACUUUUUUGUACCGUACAUGAAAUGUAAAUGAAUUUCUAGACUCAACCCCUCGUUCCUAUUCAAAUAAGGCUUCCUUACUAAAAUCAGGGAAAACGAACUCACACUAUUAUGCUCCCGAAUGGUUCACAUUCCCUGUGUAAACAACAGAUUGUCUGCUGUAUUUUGUUUUGUUUUUUUUGUUUUUUUUGGGGGGGGGGGCUAGUUGAACGGGCAGUGGUGACACCAGGGCAAACACCGCCGGGUGCAUGUGCUGUUUGGUGGAGUUGUGGGAUCAUACCGUCUGAUCCAUACGGUCAAACCAGCCGACGGUGAAGAACCGGGCGGAGAACAGGCCGCGGGACGCAGAGCAGUCACUUCCGAGGGUUUCUUUCAUCGGAGGAAAAUCAGAUGUAGUGUCGGAGCGUUUGGUUGCUUACUUUGUAAAAAGUAUAGCUCACUAGACAAGUCACACGAUUCUGAAAAUUACAGCGCAACCUGAAUGUUAGUUUACAUGGAUGAAUUCAUCAUUUUGCAGGAUCUGUUUUUGUCAGGAAAGGAAACGAGGGAGACAGCUACAAACAAAGGUUCCCGAGCAGACCUGAUCCGACGUGGUUCAUGGUUGGACCCUCGACCCCUUACAUCGCCUUUAUUUUGAAAUACACUUCCCAGCGGUGCAAAAAGUAGCCUCAUUUUUAAUUUUCAUUGAAUAAAAUAAAAGUCUUUUCGAUAAUGUAACAUUAAAUGUUAUUUCAUAUGAACAUAUGUUGAUGUUUACAAGUCUUUUAUAAUAGAGCUCUGACAGAAUAAUAACUGUGGA